GUGGUUUUGAGCGCGGAGCGAACACACGCACGUUGUUCAUUUAUUGGAGAGCGGUUGUUGCAUUCACAGGCCGUUGAGGCGUUGCUUACACGACUACAGCUCCCCACUCGAUACACCGACGACCACCAUAAUAACCACACUUGGCGCAUUGGGCACCGCUCCUGCUUGUGGACAUCGUGACCAUGGCGUGGCAGCCCUCACAGUAUGAGGAUGACUGGUACACGCCUCCACCCAUGCUGGAUGCCAGUGGAACGACGCAGGGCCAUGACAGCUCGUGGGUGAUGGGUGGUAUGUUUCACCCCUUUGUCGUGCAAGACCCCAUGCUGCCAUACCAGCAGCAGCAGCAGCAGCAGCAGCAGCAGCAGCAGCAGCAGCAGCAGCAGCAGCAGCAAGAAGCCUUGCUCCCUGACCGUCGUGUCGGUUGGUCUGGGAUGCCGCCAGCACAGCAAUACUGUCAGCCGUUUCCACAACAGCCGCAGCCGCAACUUGAGCAGCCUGACGCCUCACGCUUUGACAACAUUGUCAUCCCGCCAUCACAGACCUUGCAAGAGGCGAUGAUGGCACCGAGUGAAGACGUCACCACAAGCGCAGCCACCACCACAGCCCCUCAAAACAGCAGCGACAAUGGCAUGUAUGACAUGGCAACGGUGUUUGACAGCAGCCUGCACCUGUCGGAUCCGUGGCCAGCGCACAUGUCAAGCACCGGGGCGUUUCUGACGACGCCGGAAGCAGACGUGACGCUUCCCCCGUUAAUCGACACCCACCCUGAGCCGAUACAGCACCACCAGCAGCAGCAGCAGCAGGAACAGCAGCAACAUCAGCAAAAGCAACAGCAGCAGCCGGCCAAGUCGUGGGCAGCCGUGACGAAGAAGAAGCAGCAAACGAAGAAGACAAAGAAGGCAGCGCGGCAACAAGACAAAGGUCACGUGUCCACACCGUGUCGCACACCAACACCGCCUGUCGCAGACACCAGCCACCAACACGGCAGCAAUCACCAGCAAGCGGCUUGGCUCCAACAGCAGAAACGCGCUGAACCUCCCAUCACAGCUGGCCCUGCAAUAGGUGGUGUGCACCAGCAUCCGCUUGCGUCAACGAUGACGCCACCGCAGCCACGACUCGACCCCAGCGCAGUGGGCCGCGCGCCAGCACCGGCGCAGCUGCGGGCACCAAUACAGCCAGCCACCGUCACCAGCACGUCCGUUGCUGUGCCUGUGCCACCGCCUGCGCUAACAUCUCACACGCUUCCCGUGUCAUCAUCGCCACUGCCAUCGUCCGCAGCAGUGUCAGCGGUGGCCGCCAGCACAACACCAGCUUCAACGGGUGCGCCUGGUCUCCCGCCACUGCCCUCGCUCUCCAAUAUGGUGGUAGACACAGUAGGCACGCGCAAUGCAGCGACAUCAACAGCGACGCGAACACGAAUCAGAGGAGUAGGACGCGGGGGAGCAACGAUGACAGGACCGCAAGGACAGCAAGGACCGCAAGGACCGCAAGGACCGCAAGCACAGCAAGGACAUGUCAAAGACAAGGGCAAGAAGAAACUAAACAAGGAGCAGCAACACCAGCAGCAACAACACCAACACCACCACCAGCAACAGCGAAAACAGCAGCAGCAGCAGCAGCAGCGAAAACAGCAACAGCAAAGAACUGGCCAGGGAAGAAGCCAUGUGCCACAUGCCCCGUCGGGUAAGGUGUGGGGCGGCAACAGCGUCGCCGUCGUUGGCCGCGCUGAGCGAACACCGACACCAACAACACCAACAACAGCACCAACAACAGCAGCAGCAGCAGCAGCAGCAACACCGGCGGCUGCUACAAACCGACGGCCACGACUGCGACCACCACCAUCCAAACACACGUCCAAGAACACGUCGAAACAGCCGCAGCAGCAGCAGCAGCAGCCGCACGAGACUGAUCAUGCUCGUGCCAAUGACAGUGUUGGUGGCUUCGAUGGUGACGUGGACACGAGCGGGCGGUUGGUGCCGGUUGCGUCGAAGAAAGGGAAGAGCACGACACCACGUGCGUUUCGCUUCAAACACGCGCGCGGCGAGCUCAUCACGCGUGCCAUGUGCCAGAUGGUACAGCAUGGUGACACGACCAAGUACAACCCGCCGCACACGCCGCCCAUGCCACGCGGCACGCGCUUCUACGUCAUCCGCUCGUUUGGGGAAGACGACGUGCACAAGAGCGUCAAAUACAACAUCUGGACGUCGACUGCGCGUGGCAACGGCGUGUUGUCACGUGCGUUUGUCGACGCGCGACCCAACCCAGUGUAUCUUCUCUUCUCUGUCAACCGCAGCUCACAGUUUGUGGGCAUUGCGCAGCUGCUGAGCGUGUGCGACCAGACGCGCGAGUGCGGUGUGUGGUCCACGCCGCGGUGGAGCGGGGAGAUGAAGGUACGAUGGCUGUAUGUCAAGGAUGUGCCGUCGAGGCUUGUUGAGCACCUCAAGCUCAAGGCCAAGAUGCGUGGCGGGCAGGUGGAGGUGCGCCCCAUCAGCAACGUCCGUGACGUGACCUCUGUCCCCUACGACAUUGGGUGCGAGUUUGUGAACAUUUUUGCGUCGUACACUGCUCGCUCGAGCAUCUUUGAUGACUUCCCUGCCUAUGAUGAGGAAGAGGCCCGGCGUGAUCGCCAGCGCAACCGCCAGCCGGGCGUCACCCCGCGCUGACGCUGUGUGGCGCAGGGGGUGGGGUGGGGGUGAUUGUGUGUAAGCAUGUGUACUUGUGUGCGUGUGUGUGUUUGUGGUCUGUGUGUGUAAGCAUGUGUACUUGUG